AUCUUCCCUAUCCUCGACCAUCGACUAUCAUCUACUAGAUUUCUACAUACUACUUGCAUCAUACAUACUUUGCUUCAUUAUACAUCUCCGAAUCCCCUUUCUCGGUCGUUCACAACACGGAUCUCAUUCGUCCUAAUAACGCAUCUCCCCUGAGAACGAGGGGCCAGAGCACAAAACAAAAUCCUAACCCCAAGUCAGUCAUGGGCAGCAUCUCUCUAUCCCAGGUGGACGACACCAUCACCACCGGCAGCCCAACCUUCAAGAACCCAUGGAAUCCCACCCCGCUCGUCGAGUCCACCACCCUCUCCCGCGCCGCCGGGUGUAGAAUCUUCCUCAAGCUCGAGAACCUGCAGCCCAGUGGCUCCUUCAAGUCGCGCGCCAUGGGCAACCAGAUCCUCUCGCACCUCCGCAAGCCCGAGAACGCCCACCGGCCCGUGCACUUCUACGCCUCCUCCGGCGGCAAUGCCGGCCUGGCCGCCGUCUGCGCUGCCCGCACCCUCGGCUACCCGUGCACCGUCGUGGUGCCGAUGUCCACCAAGCCGCUGAUGGUGACGAAGCUCCGCCGCGCCGGCGCCGCGGACGUCAUUCAGCACGGCGAGACGUUCUCCGAGGCCGGGCAGUACAUGAAGGAUGUGGUCAUGCAGCAGAGCAAGACUUCUUCCUCGUUGUCCACGGCGGCGGGCACGGCAGAGGCAGAGGAUGUGGUGAAGAUCGCCCUGCAUCCGUUCGACAACGAGCCGAUCUGGGAGGGGAACAGUACGAUUGUCGAUGAGCUGGUGCAGCAGAUGCCCCGUCCAGAGGGCCCGGCCGAAGUCGCCGUGCAUGCUGGCCGGGCGUUGCCAGUCGAUGCUAUCGUUUGUAGCGUCGGUGGGGGCGGGUUGUUGAAUGGACUGGUGAUUGGGGUGGAGAGGGCCAGGGCGGCGAAGAAGUUGUCGGGCUCCUCGGAGGAUUUGGUGAAGCCGGUGCAUCUGCUGGCGGUCGAGACGAAAGGGACGGAUUCCCUGGCCUCGGCCCUGCAGCACGAGGAGCUCGUCUCCCUGCCGAAGAUCACCUCGCAGGCCACCUCGUUGGGGGCCAUUCGGGUCUCCGAGCGCACGUUCCAGUAUGCGGUGAAGCCGCCCCCUGGCGUCCAGGUUCAUAGUACCGUUCUGUCGGACGCCGAGGCUGCGCGGGGGGUGUUGAGGCUGGCGGACGAGGAGCGGUCGUUGGUGGAGUUGGCGUGUGGGGUUUGUGUCGAGGCGGUGGUUGGCAGUACGCCCUCGUCGUCGACGGGGAAGAAGAGGAAGUAUGUGGACGAAGGCUAUGGGGAUGAUCGCCUGUCAGCCGGGGAGAAUGACGAGGAGGGCUUCUCGCCGGUGCAGUCUCCUGUGCCAUCUACUCCUGCAGCAUCGCUGUCGUCGAAGUUGAAACAGCUGGUUCCCGACUUGAAUGAAGACAGCCGCGUGGUUAUCAUUGUAUGCGGUGGUAGCAAUGUGACCAUCGAUAUGGCGGCGGAAUGGCGCAAAUUGCUGGCCGAGGGCUGGGCUUGACUGCGUUGGGAUUAUUGUUUUUCGGACACACAAACAUACUUGUGUUCUUGGUCCAAGAUCGGACGGCGCAGGCGUUCUGUUACGAGCACUAAUGAAUUGAUGAUUUAUCUUAACUCUGUUGUAGUGUUGAUUCAAGUUAUCGCAUUUGUAGAAGGCGACCGGAAAAGAAUAGGAUCGAAUG